AUGGAAUCCCCAUAUUUUACUUUUUUUAUUUAUGCUAUUAGAAUUCUCUCCUUCUUCUGUGCAUUAUUAUUAGUAAUUAAAGCCAGAAAAAUAAAAAGUUUAUUACAACAACAACAACAACAACAACAACAAAAUAAAAUAAAAGAAGCUAGUGCUUCCAAAAAAGUAGACUCCUUAGAAAAACCAAAAUCAUCCUCAUCCUCAUCUUUUCCUUCCUCUUCUCCUUCCCCAGCAUCUUCUUCAGCAUCAUCUUCUUCUCCUUCCUCUUCUUCAGCAUCAUCAACUUUUUCUUCAAAUUUAUCUUCCGGAUUAUCUUUUACUUCUGUUUCUUCAAGAUCAUCAUCACCAAUAUCAUCACCAGUAUUAUCUUCUUCGCCAUCAUCAUCUUUACCAUCUUCAUCACCUUCAUCACCUUCACCACCUUCAUUAUCACCAAUAAAUAUUAGUUCAUCGGAACAAGAUGAAAUAAAUAUUAAAACAGAAGAUAGGGACAAAAUUUUAUCUUUAAAUAAUGAAAAAUUUAAAGAAUCAGAAUAUUCCAAUGGUAAUUCUAACACACACGUCCACGUCCACUAUCACCUUCACAUUCAUCAACACCUCCACAUUCACCUUCAUCAAAAUGAUUAUAGUGAUGAGGACAGUUUCUUCGACAAGAAAGAAUAUAGUAGUUUAUCAAGAAACGAAGAAAAUUGUGAUUCCUCAGAUAGUGAAGGAUCAAAUAAUCUAUCAGGCACCGAGGGAUAUAGUGAUUCCUCAGAUAAUAAAGGAGGUAAUAAUUUAUCAAACACUGAGGUAUAUAGUGAUUCCUCAGAUAAUGAAGGAUCCAAUAAUUUACCAGACACUGAGGGAUAUAGUGAUUCCUCAGAUAAUGAAGGAUAUAAAAAUUUAUCAGACACUGAGGCAUUAAGAGGUAAUAUUUUAUCUGACAAUGAAAUAUAUAACGAAUUAUCAGACAUUGAAAGUAACAGCGAAGAUGGCCCAACAGAAGAAAAAAGUAAAAGUCCUGUCUUUGAAAAUUUCAAAGUAACUAAACACGAAGGAUAUGAAGAAAAUAAUUAUCAAGAUCGUUUAUUAAUAGAAUAUAACGAUCAAUAUGGAAGAUUCAUUAUUGAAGAAUAUAAAGGAUAA